CGAGGUGUAGUGAUUACGUUUUUCUUUUUUCUUUUUUCCAACAGUAUCUUCAGUAUUAAAUUAGUGAUAAAAGUGAAAGUGCUAAAACGAACAGUAUUGAUGUAGCAAAGUGAUAACACCGAGAUGUCUAAAGAAAAGAAUGGUUAUAGUUAGUUAGGAUGUCAGAAAGGUGACAUACGGAGCUGGGCCUCCGGCUGCUGUGUGAAGACAUACGAAAACAUUCCUCUAUUAAAAAUUCUGACCCAGGGCCCGGUGGAAAACAGCAAGGAUAUCUGCAAAAUGACCAAGGGCCCUCGGAAGGUGAAGCUAGUCAUUGUAGUCAACAAUAAGAAAGACCCGCCUACGUUUAAGACCCUGACGCCCACAUCUCGCACACAACUGAAGCAGCAGUUGAUGCGAGAACAUGCCCAGGAGCAGCUGCGAAGAGAAUCACAAAACCAACAAGCUGGACAAUCCAAAGACAAUGAAGAUCAUAAAAAGAAGUCCUCGCCGACGGAGGUGCCUAGGAUUACGCCACACGUCGAAUUACCGCCACAAGUCCUACAGGUCCGAACAGUUCUGGAGAACCCCACCAGGUAUCACGUGAUACAGAAGCAGAAGAGUCAGGUACGGCAGUACCUCAGCGAGUCCUUCCAACCACACACACAGGUGGCGACAACACGUGGUCCGCCCACGCAGUCAGCGCCUGAGCUCGGUGCCAAACCACCGGCAUCGCCAGACCGGCCGUCUUCGAGUUUGCUCAGCCCAGGAAUGUGCUCUGUCGGCACUAAUAACUCGGAGGCUGACGAGUUCCUAGAAGACAUAUUAUCCCUGGACAGCGGCGCCGGACCCCUGUCAUCGUCGGGCCCCCCCUCAGCCGCCAGUUCCGUGGCGGGGGACUGCGCGAUGCUCUCCGAUGCGGACAUGCACGCGCUCGCUAAAGACCGACAGAAAAAAGACAAUCACAACAUGAUCGAGCGCCGUCGGAGAUUCAAUAUAAACGACCGGAUAAAGGAGCUUGGUACGUUGCUGCCGAAGACGAAUGACCCCUUCUACGAAGUGAUACGGGACGUGAGGCCGAACAAGGGGACAAUACUCAAGAGCAGCGUCGACUACAUCAAGUGCCUGCGAGACGAGGUCAACAGGCUCAAGCAGAGCGAGCAGCGGAGGAAGCAGAUCGAACUCCACAACCGGAAGCUGAUGCUCAGGAUACAGGAGUUGGAGCGUCUGGCGCGCGUGCACGGGCUGCCGGUGUCGGGCGGGGAGGGCUCCCCCCCGCACGCCGCGCCCCCCGCCGCGCCCCCCGCGCCGCACGACGAGCCGCCGCCCACGCAGCCUGAGGUGGUACUGCCGAAGACGGAGCCUGCACCCCUCAUGGAGCUUAACGAGCCGCCCCCGGACUUACUCCGGGACAUGCCCUCAACGGAAUGCCUCUCAGCCUUGGACGCUUUAGACGGUCUGAAGUUAGGAUCCUGUUCGCCUCUGAGUCGAGACGAAGGCCUCUCGUUGGGAUGUCUAGAACCGGAUCUGUGCCUAGAUCCAGUUCCGGAGAACCUGUUUAGUCAUAAGGAUAUCAAGAUGCGUCUGUCUCCACUGCUGGGGCCCGAGGACAGCAACGCGGCACUCAACCUCGCGCAGAUAGAAGACCUCAUGGAUGACGACUCACACAAUCCAGUCACCCAAGGUGACCCGAUGUUGUGUUCGUCGCCCACCUCGCAGCUGUGCCUGAGCGACGUAGUGGCCGAGGCGGCUGACCGGAAUAUAUCGUCAAUGCUACACGACGAUCACGCAGGGUUCCCACACAACACCGGCAACUGUUCGUCUUUAAUGUCCGAAAGCUCACUAGGCCUCGGAGGUCUCGGAGCUCUGACUGAAGGCUGCCUCCCGAGCUUUCUGAUGGGAGGUCCCCACCACCACGCCCCGCACUCGCCCCACUCGCAUCCUCGGCAGCACUGCUUCGACAUGGACCUCGGGGCAUGAUAACAAACAACACAACUUUGGUGCUUUUAGGACAUAAUCAAAGUGAAUACUAGUGUAUAAUAGUAGGGACAUAAAUUUAGAACAACGCCAUCUGUUGGCCGAGGUGUGAACUAAACCGGUGCUGCCAUCAUCUUCCAAAGUGAAAUGAACACGCUGUCUUCCGUGAAGUUCCUUUAUCUCCUUGUACAACAUUUAUUUCGAUACGAAAUAUAUUGUCUAUUUAAAUAAUAUAAAUAAAUGUUCAAUAUAAGUAAUGUGAUUAGUUAAUGCGUCGUUUGUUAAUUAAAUAUUAAUUGUUGAUCGAAAAGCUCAGUGUUGCUAUUGAUGAAAUUUUUAUUGUAACUCAAGUAAGUCGAAAAUUUUGAUGUGAAAUUGGUAUUAAUUGUAUUUUUAGGCGCCUUCGUAUUUUUGAAGGUGUUUUUAAUUACGUAAAGGAAAAACAUGAGUAUAUUAUUUAAAACGAAGUUACCAGCAUACGAAUUUCCUACUAAGUUAGUAAAAAAAAAGAUAAGAAUAACAUAAGACAAUAAAAUGUUCAUAUGAUGAACGUAACAAUUAUGCAAUACAGUUAAAAAUAAAAGUGGUAUAAAGAGCUAUUUAAAAAUAUGUAAUCUUAUUCCGCAUCUUGUAUCUAUUAAAUGAUUAUGAUUCUAGAGAGAGAAAAAAAAUCGAUUCAUAAUCGGUCAAUCGUAUCAGUGUUGCCAUAAAAGCUGAAUUAAGGCAUCUUCUUCUCAGUAUGUGAUAUUAAACGCACAAAAGAAUUAAUAUAUUUUUAUAGUAUUUAAGUUUUUUUUUUCUUUCCAAACUCGUCCAAAGCUCGUUUUGAGAUAUGGUGCUUUUGAUACCGCACACAUUUCUGUUUGUUGUCGCUUGAUAUUACAAAGUGUUAUUUAGUGCAUAUUAAAAUUCAACUUUGAAGAGUUAUCUUAUUAUCCGUCAUAGUCUUCGAAAUUAUUACAAUGUUUUUUUUUGUUUUUUUUUUUUAAAUCCGAUUAAUUCCGUUUCGAAUUUAAUUUAGCGUUAGUUAAUACGUACAAACGUGCAUUAAGUUUUGCAAUUAAAGACACGAGUGGAUGAAGGCGAUAUGAUACAAUUUGUUAAUUUUGAGAAAACGGGCAGCAGACUUUUGUUACUUGUAAUUUUUAUUCGUAAAUAACUCCUUCAUCAUAUGCAAUUUC